UCAUGCCACUGCACUCCACCCUGGGCAACAGAGCAAGACUCUGUCUCAAAAGAAAAAAAAGCAAGGUGAUAGAGAAUUUUCAGGCUCCUAAUAUUGUUGCUUGUCUAACAAGUAAACUUUUAAAAAAUUUCCCAGACAGCAUAAGUCAUGUAACAGUGGUAAUAAGUGUGAAUAUUGUUUGCUAUUACUGUCUUUUAAGAAGCAAACCUGUGUCUUAAGCUUAUUUGCUGUGACUCCUCCUCUCACCCAAUGAUCUGGAGCUGCUCACCUGAGCCAGCACCUCCCAUCACUCACCUGUAGGUAGGAUUCUGAGUGUCAUUCUUCCGUUGAAGUUUAACAAAUACACCAGCAAUUUAUUCCCAAAAACUUUGGUACUGCAUGAAAAGUUAUUAAAUGGAAAAUGUUCUCCUGAAUUAGAGUGAAAAAAUGGAUGUAUUUUAUCAUAAUCCAAGAUACCCAAUUUGUAGAUAGAAAAAUCGAUAAUGAGAAUGUAUAAGAAACGAAUUCUGCAAAAGUGAGUAGAGUGUAAAAUGUGACAUGAGGGUAUGUCGUGUGCCCCGGAGGAAAACAGGGAGGUGGAGGGGCCGCUCCAUGUGAGGCACAUUCUGCUUUCUCUCCUGUUACCAUCAUCAGCGUCUUGAUCCUUAGAGAGCUGCAUGGGUAUCGAACACACCGACGUAGAAAUCCAUCACCCUCAUGGGUAUCGAACACACUGUCGCAGAAAUCACUUGCAUGGAUAUCUAACACACCGAUGUAGAAAUAAAUCAGCUGCAUGGGUAUCCAGCACACUGAUGUAGAAAUAAAUCAGCUGCAUGGGCAUCUAACACACCGAUGUAGAAAUAAAUCAGGCGCAUGGGUAUCUAACACACCGACAUACAAAUAAAUCAGCUGUAUGGGUAACUAACACAGAGACGGAGAAAUCACCUGCAUGAGUAUCUAACACAUACACUAAUGUAGAAAUAAAUCAGAGCCCAGAAGGGCAUCUCAGGACUAACAAGGGGUAAACAUAGUCACACUGAGACUCCUGAGAGCCACACAGGCCCUCCGCCUCCCCUUGCCCUCUCACUUUCUGGCUGACACAAGAAAACACUUGGUUUGUUCCCAAACUACUGUGUAGAGGAAAUGUGUCAGUGCAUCUUUGAGAUGACAAUAUCAAUCAUCUUAUAGCAUGUUUGUUUAAGGUGUUUUGGAAGCAAAAUUCAUUAUGCUAAAAUAAAUGGUUCAUUGCCUGAAAAGUGGUUUAAAUUCUCAACAGUGUCUACAGCAAAAAGUCAUUGAACCACGGUUCAGACUUACGUGAAGUAAAUCUGUGUUUGAAGGACUGAGAUUUUGGUGCAUGUUUCUGCUGCAAUAUAUAGCAAAUUGUUUUUCUUCUUACACAGAUACCUCUUCUGGCUCAGAAGACGAAGGCUCAGUGCAGGGGGACUCGCAAGGCACCCCGACCUCCAGCCAGGGUUGCAUCAACAUGGAGCACUGGAUCAGUCAGGCCAUCCAUGGCUCCACCACGUCCACCACCACCUCCACCUCCACCUCCUCGUCCUCUAUGCAGAGCGGGGGCAGCGGGGCUGCCCACAGGCUGGCGGAGGUCAUGGCCCAGACCCACAUAGAAAAUCAUUCUGCACCUCCUGACGUAACCACGUACACCUCAGAGCACUCCAUACAGGUGGAGCGACCACAGGGUUCCACGGGGUCCCGGACAGCGCCCAAGUACGGCAACGCCGAGCUCAUGGAGACCGGGGAUGGUACGUCCCAAAGCAGAGAUGCUUUUUUUCUGGUAAACGGUUUGUGCUGAUGUCCCGUUCUGUGCCCGUGGCUGGGUGUGUUUCUUCCUGGGGUACAGUCUGCUGUCAUUUUAUCUGCUGAAUAACUAACAGUGGUUCAGCAACUGAGAAAUUCUUGUACAGGUGUUAAGACCGUGAACAGUCACUUAGAAGAGCAAGAUGAAGUUAAAUGUACAACAGAAUUACUGUCAGAUGGGCCAAUAUGUUGCUUUAGACUUUGGAGGAAAGAGGGUCUUUUUAUCCAUGUGGGACAGAGAUGUCAGCGACUUGGUAACAGGCUGCAGCCGAGGGCUUCUCCUUCCUUCCUCGUGGCCUGGUCUUGGUACGUUCUGAUUACAGCAGCUGUUUGUAUCACCUAGCCCCUGUUCUAUUUAAGUCUCAGUCCUUCCCGGGAUCAUAAAAGUCAGUGUAGAACCUAACAGUGAAUGAAAUACAAUGCCCCUGUGUGAAGCUGCAUGGAGCAGCCUUGGCAUGCCCUCAUCUUGUGGUGCACGGAACUCACAGGCGGACAGGGAGGCCUAUCCCAGCCCCAACAAGUAGACAGGGAGGACUAUCGGAGCCCCGACACUCACAGUGGACAGGGAGGUCUAUGCCCUGGGCUUAGAUAAUGGCGCGUCAGGGUAGCCUUCCACCCUUUAGCACAGAGCUUGGUGUUCCAAAGGCCACGAGGAGUUUCAGACCCUGGACCCCGGACAUGUUCCAAGACUCUUACGUUAUGUCAGAUGUGGAAGCCCUGCC